AGGCACAGAGUGGAGAACACAGUGGCUUCCCAGACAGAGGGAAUCAGAGGUGCACGCCAGCUGUGGAUGCAGCCCCGGCUUACGAUGUAUGCAAGGAUGGUCCAGUUGCUGUGGGGCUGUUUCUUCCUGUGGAGCCUCAGCAUUGCAUCUUCUCAGACCAUUUACCCUGGAAUCAAGGCAAGGAUCACCCAGCGGGCACUGGACUAUGGCAUUCAAGCUGGGCUGGAGACAGUUGAGCAAAUGAUCAUGGAGAGAGACAUCCCCAGUUUAAACGGUUCUGAGUCUCUUGAGUUUCUGCAGCUGGAUUAUGUGAACUACAACUUUUCAAACAUAAAAAUCAAGGCUUUUUCAUUUCCAAACACUUCCCUGGCCUUCGAGCCUGGCAUGGGGAUCAAAGUACUCACCAAUCAUGGCAUGGCCAACAUCAGCACCCACUGGGACGUCAAGUCUCCGCUCUUCCAAGAUACAGGAGGAGCCGAUCUGUUUCUCACGGAGGCCUUCUUCAAGGGUCUGCUUGUCCUGACGCGAAAUGACUUUGGUCAUCCAAUGCUUAUGCUCCAAGACUGCCAGGCCCAGGUGAGCCACGCCCAGGUCUCAUUCUCUGGAGAGCUCAGUGUCCUAUAUAACACGUUUGCUGAGCCCAUGGAGAAACCCAUUUUAAAGAACCUCAAUGAAAUGCUCUGUCCCAUCAUCAUUGGUGAGGUUGAAGGGCUCAAUGCUAAUCUCAGCAUGCUAGAAGUUCUAACCAGGAUCAACAACCACACUCUGCUGGAUUAUUCCCUACUCGAUGCUCCAGAGAUUACUGAGAACUACAUGGACCUGAAUCUGAAGGGCACAUUCUACCCUCUGGACAACCUGGCUGACCCGCCCUUCGCCCCAGUUCCCUUCACACUCCCAGAGCGCACUGACGCUAUGCUCUACCUGGGCAUCUCCGAGUAUUUUUUUAAAUCCGCAUCCUUCGCCCACUUCAUGGCUGGGGCUUUCAAUGUCACGCUCUCCACCAAGGAGAUUUCCCAUCAUUUCGCUCAAAACUCCCAAGGCUUUGGCAACUUGCUCUCGCGGAUUGCAGAGGCCUACAUAUUGUCCCAGCCCUUCAUGGUCCGCAUCAUGGCGACAGAACCUCCUGCGGUCAGCUUACAGCCGGGGAACUUCACCCUGGACAUCCCCGCCUCCAUCAUGAUGCUCACCCAGUCGGAGAAUUCCACCACUGAAACCAUCGUUUCCAUGGACUUUGUUGCUAGUACCAGCGUCGGCCUGGUUAUCCUGGGACAAAGGCUGGUCUGCUCCUUAUCGCUGAACAGGUUCCGCCUCUUGCUGCCAGCGUCCAACCACAACAACAUUGAGGUCCUGAGGUUUGAGAACAUCCUGUCUUCCAUCCUUCACUUCGGAGUGCUGCCGCUGGCCAAUGCCAAAUUGCAACAGGGAUUUCCUCUGCCCAAUCCGUACAAGAUCUCCUUGGUCAAUUCAAAUAUUGAAGUGUUUGAGGGUUUCCUGCUGAUUUCCACCGACCUGAAGUAUGAACAGAACUCGAAGCCACCGAGCUUUCAGGGCUGGGAUCGUCUGAACCCGAAGAACAGAUUCUGGAGUGGGAUGCCAACCCCCUGAUGGCCCGUGUGCAAAGCCGCUGCUGGAAGGACAGGGCCCUUAACCCCUCACGGCUCCUGGACACCCAGCGGGAGAAGAAGUCCUCUCUGGCUUGUCUAAAGCCCUUAUGAAGGGCAUGCACAAGAUAGUUCCUUCUCGGGCCUGCAAUGUGUGUGUGCACAUA